AUGAAGUUCCAACCAUCCGUGCAUCUGCCUUGUCACCCAUGGAUGGCCAUGGUUAUCCUCCCUCUCCUCCCUCUCCUCCUGCUCCUCGUGCCUCUCGCCGCUGCUCAAUGGUCAUCCUGCAGCAAGAGCGACGACUAUAAAUCUAAUAGCACCUAUGAAGCCAACCUCGGUCUCCUCUCUUCAACCCUCCCGAAGAAAGCAGCGUCCAGCACCACCCUCUUUGCAACCGGCAUAAUGGGCAAUGUUCCGGACGUUGUCUACGCCCUCACGCUCUGCCGCGGGGACUCUAACGCCUCCGCCUGCGAGAGCUGUGUAACCACCGCGUUUCAGGACCUCCGGCAGCUCUGCCCGUACAAAAAGAAUGCCGCCGUGUACUACGAUCCCUGCAUGCUCAAGUUCUCCAACAAGAAUUUUCUCGCGGCCACCACCGUCAAUGAUCCACUCAUGAUCGUGAACACUAAGAACUUCACGACAAACGCCGACAUCACCCAGCGAUUAUUGUUCACGCUUAUCAACAGCACGGCUCAAUUGGCCGCGAAUAGCUUGAGGAGGUUCAGUACAUCGCGCUUAGAUGUUGGUUCCUCCCCGACGUUGUACUGUCUUAUGCAGUGCAUGCCCGAUCUGAUUCCCCACGACUGCGAGUCAUGUUUCCAGGAUAUCUUGAAUAUUACGCUCGAGUACCUGGGUGGUAAGCAAGGUGGCCGAGUUCUGGGGACACGGUGUUACAUGAGGUACGAGAUGUACCCAUUCUUCCAAGGGGACCCGACGCUGCGCAUUAUCAACUUGGCCCCGCAUGUUCCGACGAUCAACAACACUACGACACCAGCUACCGUGUACCCACAAUCGCAGCCACCAGAUGCAGCGCCACCCCCGGAGGGAAAAGUGACCGGCCAAGAACAUAAAGGACGCAAAUCACGCAAGAGGGCGCUGUGGAUUAUUGUUGUGGUGGCUACACUACUGUCAAUACUUAUGUGCUUUAUCUGUUUCAUUGUAUGGAAGAGAAGAAAAGGAAAGGUAAACAUAAACAAUCAAGCUGCCACAAAUAGGCCGGAAGAAUAUGCACUGGUUUGGAGAUUGGAGGAGAGGAGUUCAGAGUUCACACUCUUUGACUUUCCUGAGAUAUUACAAGCUACACACAACUUUUCCAAAGAAAAUCUACUUGGGCAAGGUGGUUUUGGCCCUGUCUACAAGGGCCAAUUACCAGAUGGAAUGGAGAUUGCUGUUAAAAGGCUUGCCUCACAUUCAGGACAGGGUUUCACAGAAUUCAAGAAUGAAGUUGAACUUAUUGCAAAACUACAACACAAUAAUCUGGUAAAGCUCUUAGGAUGUUGCAUUCAGGGAGAGGAAAAACUAUUGGUGUAUGAGUAUUUGCCAAAUAAGAGCUUGGACUUUUUUAUAUUUGAUGAAAACAGAACAACUUUGGUUGAUUGGGAAAAAAGACGUGUCAUAAUCGAAGGGAUAGCCCAAGGUCUUCUAUAUCUUCACAAGCACUCUCGAUUGCGCAUCAUACACAGAGAUCUCAAGGCCAGCAACAUUCUCUUGGACCAGGACAUGAAUCCUAAAAUUUCUGAUUUUGGCCUGGCGAAAAUUUUCAGCUCCAAUGACACUCAGGGAAGCACAAAGAGGGUAGUGGGAACAUAUGGUUAUAUGUCUCCGGAGUAUGCAUCUGAAGGCAUUUACUCAAUCAAAUCCGACGUGUUCAGCUUUGGUGUGUUGUUUCUUGAGAUCCUUAGUGGAAAAAGGAAUUCUCGUUUCCAUCAAUGCGAAGACUUUCUUAACCUUCUUGGAUAUUCAUGGUAUCUCUGGGAAGGAGGAAGAUGGCUUGAGCUUCUAGAUGUAUCAAUUGUUACGGAGGUCCAUACAACAGAGGCUAGAAGGUAUAUUAACAUUGCACUGAUGUGCGUACAAGAGAGUGCGGAUGAUCGACCCACCAUGUCAGAUGUUGUUGCAAUGUUAAACAGCGAGAGUGUUAUUAUUCCAGAGCCUAAUUCUCCUGCAUACGUCAAUGUAAGAGUAUCUAAGGUUGUUCCAUGCAGUAAUAAUGAUGUAACCAUCACCGAAGACCCAAAUGGAAGAUAG